AAACACGGCACACUGACUCAUUUUAGAUCUGCCUUCUCCAGGAGCCACUGGGUCAUUUACACACAGACACCAAGUCGUGUUUCCACAUCACUGUUGUGAAGAUCUUUGAACAACUUCCUCACAAUGGAAAAGUCGAAUUUCUCCACCAAAUACAAGGAGGUCAUCUCUAAAAGUCUUCUGAUCCAACCAGGAUAUCCUGCUAUCUACCAGCUAAAGCUAAAAAAAGAGGAGCUUGGACCUCUGACAAAAGUAACCUUCGGUAAAAAAAACAUCAGCAAGAUGAACAAAACCAUCUUGCUUGUUGGAGAAACAGGGGCUGGAAAAUCAACCCUGAUCAACACUAUGGUGAACUACGCCAUGGGAGUUAAGUGGGAGGAUAAAAUCUGGUUUCAGAUUGUAGAGGAGGACGGGAGGAGUCAGUCUGACAGUCAGACAUCAGAUGUGAUCGUGUACGAGAUUUUUGGUUUUGAAGGUAAAACUAUGCCGUUCUCCCUCACCAUCAUCGAUACUCCUGGAUUUGGAGACACCAGAGGGAUUGAAAAGGAUGCAAUCGUCAGUCACAGAUUGUUUGACUUGUUUCGAUUAGAAGAUGGAGUUCAUGAGAUUCACGCAGUGGGUUUGGUGAUGAAGGCUACAGAUAAUCGUGUUAAUGACAGACUAUCAUAUGUCCUGAACUCAGUGAUGUCUCUUUUUGGAAGAAACCUAGAGGACAACAUUGUUGCUCUCCUCACUCACUCAGAUGGUCAGAGACCCAGAAAUGCCAUUGAAGCCCUUGAACAAACAAAAAUUAAAUGUGCCAAAAAUGAAAAGAACCAGCCUGUUUACUUCCUGUUUGAUAACUGUCAGAAUGAAGACCGAACAGAAGAAGAAGAUGCAGAAUUCCUGCAAAUGGCAGACAAAAUUUCAGACAAAGGAAUGAGAGCACUCACAGAAUUCCUGGAAAAAACUGGACCUAAAAGACUGAUGGCCACUGCUGAAGUUUUGAAUGAGCGCAUCAGCCUGAUAGCCUCUCUCCAAAACCUUCAAGACAGAAUCCAGCUGACUGAACAGAAACAGAUGGAGAUUAAUAGAAUCCUAGAAGCCAUAAGGAAACAUUCAGAGGAGAUGAGGAGGAAUAAAAACUUCACUGUAGAGAUUACAGAAGUCUACAAGGUGAAGGAACCUACGAAAGGUAAAAAGUUGAUGAGGCUUAGUUUUUUUGAAAAAGCUAUGUGCUGCACAGUCUGUGAGGAAAACUGUCACUAUCCUGGAUGUACUCUUGUUCCGAGUCCACAACACUGUGAGGUCAUGAAAAAAGGCCGCUGCACUGUCUGCACUGGGAAGUGUCCUGCAUCGGCUCAUGUAAGAGAGGCCUGGAGAUAUGUCAACAAGACCAGAAGAGUUCAGUGGACUCUGAAAGCUAUGGAAGAGAAGUAUAUGAAGAACAAGACAGAUUGUGAGAAGAAGUUAAGCCUUUUAAAACACCUGGAAAAGGACAUGAAGGACCUUUCAACAGAGAAGUCCCAACUUGUUGAUGAAGCCUUCAAACAUGUUGUCAGACUGGAGCAGAUCGCCCUGAAGGUUAAUUCAGUUUCUACAUUUUUGUACUUGGACUUUCUGAUUGAGAAGCUGGAAGAAAAAGGAGAUAGAGCGAAGGUGCAGAAACUAGAGGAGAUGAAGAGCAGACAGGAUGAAGGAACUAAGUUAGCACUGCAGUAUGUGUGGGGUAAAGUAACAGACACAAAGUAAUGAACAUAAGAUUAACACUAAGACACUUCCCACAUCAAUACACAACUCUGGUCAAAAUAAACAUGAAGGCUGCUGUAGCUGUAUUUGGUCAAUUUUCAUCUGAAGUGAAAAACAUCAAGAUUAUUUUAAAAUGUAUAAAAAAAUGUCACUGGUGACAAUGAUACUUAUGAGAAUCAUUUAACCACAAGCAUUAGCAAACACUAUAAAUGACCAAGCUUUAACAAUGGAUUAUUUGUUGUAUUUAUAUCUAUUUGUCAAAAAUGCCCAAAUUAGUUAGGUGAACAAUGUGGGUUCACUGAAACCAGCAUUAUGCCAAUCCAAAUGUAUGCUAAGUCUUGAUAAUUAGCACAAUGUGGCAUCAGAUACAUUAGCUCAGGUACCUUUUAAAGGAUCUGGGCUUAACAGAUGCCAAAUAAAGAGUGCUGAAUUACAAGUGCAAAAAAACUGCAUAUGCAGUUAGUGGAUGCUGCACACCAUCUACAAAGAUACUACCCAGCUGAUUGCAGAUGCAGAAGUAGUGCAGACUACCCUGUUGAAAUGAGAAUUUUCUGUGUGCUACUGGCAGAAUGGCCAUGAGAGAAAAAUUAACUUGAAAGACAUGAAGUUGAAGAUAUAUUUGUAGAAGUAGAUAACUGUUGAUUGCAUUGAAACUAUUAAACUUUCAAGCUUGCUAAAGGUAUUUGUACUACACUGGGUCUGAUCAGGUGAACCAGCUCAGAACUUAUUAGAAAGCUUUUAAAAAUGAAGCUUUUAAAAGUGUGGGACUCAUGGUAAUCAGAAAGGGAUUGAAUUAAUUGACAUAGGUACUUGUUUCAUAUAUUUAUUUUGUGAAUAAAACACUUUCAUAUAAAAAUAUGAAAACCAAAUCUAUGAAGAGAAUAGUGGUUAUGCUGUGUGAUGACAUCUUUGUUCUUAGCACAGCAGGAAACACAUAAAGUGGUAAUGUCUGGAAUUACUUAUUGCUUGCUUGCAUUUAUAAACAUUGUAUUCAAUUUUCUUGUUUGUACUACGGACAGCUUUGGCUUGUUAACUGAGAAUAUUUAAGAUGAAUUUGUGAAAAAUAUUUUUCUUUGACUGUGAAUAAAGGAAUCUGCACCCGA